GCAUCCCAGAAGCGCUCAGCAGCGAUGUACACUGACGACACAUCAUUUAUUAAUCAUGCUCGUUAUUUAUCUGUAGCCAGAUUUAAUGCAAUGCAGUGAUGUUAAUGUGAGCCACAAGUUCUAUAAUCUCUAAAACUCUCAAAAAUAGUUUAGUUCAUCAGCCAUAAAAAAGGAAAAUAAACUUUUAUGUGGCUGCUUUGGUAUAUUUCUCAGGAAUCUUUCCAGUCUUACGUAAUUUUUAGGUGCUUACAUGUGAACCUUGUGAAAAGUAAUUCAAAACGCUGUUGGAAGAAGUAACCAAAGUGAGUUUACUGCUCUAUGAGAAGAGUUUUCAGUAUAAAUUUAUAGCUUUCUUGGAGGAUUUCGUUCAUCAUGAUGUUUCAGCUGUUGCUCUUCUCUCAGCUGACGAGUCUCACUCUUGGGAAUGAAUGGAGUGUGAAAUACAGCCAACUUAAUCUCUGUGCUUUAAAAGGAUCUACAGUGAUUAUGAACGUCACUUACACACACCAACCAGGUCUUACAGUGACAAAGAGGUUUUGGUUUAUUAACCCAGUUGAGGGUAAAGUGCCGACUGACCUGUAUAAGGAACCAGGUUACUCAGGCAGAGUGACGUAUUUAACAGAUGUACAGAAUCACCCCCCCCUCAGACUGAGUGAUGUGAAGAAAACAGAUGAACAGAUGUACUGGGUCAGUGUCUUAGCAAAGAAAAGCAAAAAUAACUACCUGUACCACUUUUAUCCAGUAGUAACCCUCAAAGUCACAGAGCUAAGAGUGGAGACUCCUGAAAAUGUGGUGGAGGGAAAUCACACAGUGUUAGUGUGUAACACCACCUGCAGUCUCUCAGACACACCAACAUUCAUCUGGUACAAAAACAACCACAUUAUUGACACAAAGAACAACAAUAGCACUCUGACUCUGCAGAAGACUAAAGCAGACGACGCAGGCAGGUAUGAGUGUGCUGUGAGAGGUUAUGAACAUCUACGUUCUCCUGCUCAAACCCUCAGUGUGAAAUAUCGUCCAAAGAACAUCUCAGUGUCCAUCAGUCCCUCUGGUGAGAUAGUGGAGGACAGUUCAGUGACUCUGACCUGCAGCAGUGAUGCUAACCCACCUGUACAGAACUACACCUGGUUUAAGGGGAAGACAUCAGUAGGAAAGGAAAAGACCUACAACAUCUCCAAGAUCAGCUCUGAGGACAGUGGAGAGUACAAGUGCAAGUGCAGUAAUGAAGUCGGACAUCAGUACUCUAACAGUGUGACUCUGAAAGUUGUUGGUCAGCAGAGAAAAGUACAAAGCACAGCGAUUGUAGUGGUCAUCUUGUGUCUCUCAAUUAUUUCUCUCGUUCUCACCGUUGUGUUUCUGAGAAAAAAAAAGAUGUAUUGCUGGUCAGAAGAGCACACUGGACAACACGAUAAUGUAGCUGUCCAAUCUGCUGCACCUCAGUCUAACUCCCGCUUGGUAAAUCAGGAUGAAGAUCAGUAUGCAAAUAUUGCAUACCCGAGGAAACUUUUGAAUUCUGUAGUAAGCUCUACUGUGCAGGUUCGUGAUAAAGAGGUGAAGAAUCAUCAGGAGGAGGAUGUUUUGUACACUACAGUAAACAUUUCCUCUUCACACAGCAGGCGAAAGGCUGAAACUGUAGAACAUCCUUCAGUCAUCUACAGCAGUGUUAAGUGAGCAGCACUGGCACAAAACCCUUCUAACACCUUCUAAUAUUUGUAAUAUUUCAACACGCUGGAUGACUGCCAGCUUCAGAAUAAGAGACAGAGGCUGAGAAACAGACACUUGCUUUAUUUUUGACCUUUUACACGCUACUAAGCUGAAAACAUGGAUAGCUAUAGUUAGAUCAUUAUAGUAAGUGACAUUUAAUGGCUCAUAACAUUUAACGAAGGCUAAGUACAAAGGUUUCCCUCUGGUGGUCUGGACAGGAAGGUUGGUGGGUGAUAUGUUUUUUUUUUGGUGGGUGGGGGAUGAGGGGGGGGGGGUGUUCUAAAGUACUAUUUACCAGAACAUGCAACUGCUAAUUUAUACUGUCUUUAUUUUUCCAAAUUGGUGUGUGAAAUAUCUUGACAAUAAGAUCAACUUGAUCAAGUGAUUAUCAAGCUAAAUAAUUUGACUAUCAGGUGAAGUAGAUUUAAUGAACAC